AUGGCAAGAGGGUCCUGCGAGGCUCUUGAGGCCCGGAUUCUGGAGCUCCGGCAGCGACGUGAGGAGCUCGCUUCGCAGCUGAAGGCUCUCGGGAAUCCUGACGAAGCCUUGCUCCCGCAUUGCUCCCUGGAUGUGGAUCUUGAGCUUCAGCUUGACAGCUUGACCUGCCUUUUGAGAGCCAGCAUCUGGGCUUUGGAGGUGGUGGAUGAACAGAUCGAAGUGGUCCGUGACCUAUUGCCUGAGUAUGUGAAGGCUGCGACAGCUGAGUCGAUUAGGCUGUGUCUGCACAACGUGCCUCUGCAGAUCGUGAACGCCAGGUUUCCUUUGCGGCCGUUUCCACAACUUUCCAAUAUGCAGACUGUAAAGGCCAGUGCACAGCGCGUCGCGGGCGAGCUGCAGCGGGAACUCUCUAUCGAAGAGGUGGAGGCUCGCAAGGUGGGUGACAGACAGCGGUUGCUCCUCGAGGCAGGCGCCGCAUCGCGCGACAUAGAGGAAUUGUUGGCAAGCCGAGUGGAAGCAACCGCAGCCAGAUGUGCGGCUCACGACUACUUGAAAGAACAGCAGCCUCGAGCCGCACAAAUGUGCCUCCAGUCCGAGAAGGAGCGGGGAUGUGCGUUGGAGGAACUAUUAGCCGGGUGGCAUGCAGAAGUGUGGGGACCCGAGGCUAAGGAGCUGGCAAAGGACGCGCAGAUGGUGGGGAAGCUCAAGUCGCUGCAUGGACGCGCCGCGAGCUUGUUGCACCAGGCAUGGAAAGAGACCGUGCAACUAGCAGCAGAAAGUCUUGGUGAUGGCUCGGCCUUGGGCGAAGCAUCCCAGGACAUCAGCAGAGCGGCCGAGCGCUACAAAGAGCUGCAGAAGAACAUCAAGAGCAACGUGGACAGGAUGGCGGCGUGGUUAGCCGAGGCCGAGGGCGGCGAGCGCUCGGGCGGCUCGUACCCUGAAAGAGCGCCGAUCAACACACAGGUGUCCACAGAGGAAGUUGUGGCAGUUAACCUCGCCGCUGGCAGCAGCGCUGGCAGCGCUGACAGCAGCCUUGCGGAAAUGGCUCCCGCGCAAGCAGGCGACGAGGGCCUGGAGGAUGCCGAGUGA